AUGGUAGAAUUGGAUGAUGGAAGGAAACUGAUAACCUCUGUCAGUGAAUUGAAAACUCUGCUUAUUGAAAUCAAGAACGUGUUAAUAAGAAGUGACGCAUUCCCAGUUUGUACCAAGACUUGUGAACAUUGUUUAACAGACCCACCGCAAUGCGAAAUAUUGAAGGCCUUCAUUCAGACCCUGGUGAAUCAAGGAAUAUUGUUAAUAGAUCUCCCCUCUACAAUCAAAGACGUGUCCACUCUCGAAAUACCAUAUGAUGAAGUUCCCCCUCUGCAAAUUCCGUAUAACCUAUCUCAGUUAACUCUCUCAACAAACCCUAUUGCUCCAAUGGUAAUAACGGUUCCGACAUCGUUCCCCUACGAUGAUACAAAGGAAGUCCCAUGGGUGUAUGACACCUCAGUAUACAUCCAUGGCCAGAAAAUGCAAGAAGAGACAAUGAAGUCCAAUGACCCAAUAGUCAGCAUAGUUGGGACUGGCGAAGUCACUAGAAGUGGUAGGAUCUUUGCACCUGUACCCCCUUCAAUUGGUCCUAGCGGUCCUUCAAUCCUAAACAAGGCCAAGCAAAUUGAUGAUACUCAGCAAAGGCAAGACUCUUUACCUACCAAUGAAGUAGAUGAAUUUUUGCGCAUCAUAAAAAGGAGUGAUUAUCGAGUGGUUGAGCAACUCAACCAAACACCAUCAAAAAUCUCGAUGUUUUCUUUGUUGAUGUGCUCGGAAGCGCAUAGGGAUGCCUUGGUGAAGUUUCUGAAAACUGCCCAUGUACCACAAGAAAUAUCAGUAUGCCAAUUCGAGGGGGUAGUUAACAGCAUAGUUGUCAGUCAAAGCUUGGGUUUCAGUGACGAGGAGCUCCCCGCCGAGGGAAAAAAUCACAACAAAGCUCUCCACGUCUCUAUUGAGUGCAUGGACACAGUUCUAUCAAGAGUCUUGGUGGACACUGGAUCCUCUUUCAAUGUGAUGCUCAAAGGCUCUCUUACUAAGUUAACCAUUGAAGGACUCGUGAUGAAACCGAGUGAGCUUGUGGUGAGAGCAUUUGAUGGGUCAAGGAGGACCGCGAUUGGUGAAGUAAAUCUUCCUAUGAAGAUUGUCCCCCAUACCUUUUUCAUCACUUUCUUUGUAAUGGACAUUCAUCCAACUUAUAGUUGCAUACUCGGAAGGUUGUGGAUUCACUCAGUCGGAGUCGUCACUUCAGCACUUCAUUAA